CGCGCGCGCGCGCGAGCGUCGACGCGCGGAGAUGUCGAGCGAGGACCCCGCGACGGGGCUGAUGGCGCGCGGCGCGUCGACGGCGUACGGGACGGAGUCGCGCGCGCGGGAAGCGAAUGGUGUUGAGGACGAACGCGUCGCCGAGGUGCGCCGCGCGAGGCGAAUCGGCGCGCGAACGCGCGGCUCGGGGAUCGCGGUCGCGGUGGCGGUCGCGCUGGCGUGCGCGCUCGCGGUCGCGGCGGUGCGAGAGGGCGCGGCGGGGCGAUCGAGGGCGACGGCGAGGCUGGGCGGGACGGCGAACGAGCGAGGGAACUUUUUCGGAGCGCCGUUGAGCGCGGAAGCGCGGAUGCGGGCGCCGGCGAAGGCGGAUGUGAUAAAUAGGAUAUCGCUGCGCACGCGCGUGCCGGGACUGCGGUCGCCGGGACGCGGCGUGCCGGGGCUGCGGACGCACGUGCGAGAGACGCAGCGGGCGAGCGACGACGCGCGGAUAUUAAUCCUCACCAAGCCGUUCGAGUGGGGGAUGACGUAUUUGCAGAUUCAGAGCGUUAAACGAUGGGCACCGGCGUUGUUGCCGCACGUCACGGUGCUGACGUACGACACGGAGACGCAGCGAUCGUGCGAGGCGCAUCGCGGCGUGGAUUGCUUUUACGACGCCGACUUCGCGCGGGCGUACGGGCAAGAUCCGAACGAUGGCGUCGCGCGCGACGCCAUGUCGUGGCGCAAGGUACACGCGGCCUUAGAAUUACUGAAAGCGCGCAUCCCAGUGGUGAUGCUCGAUUCGGACACGGUGUUUUUGUCCGAUCCAACCGAAGCGUGGACGAGCGCGCUCGAAAAGUACGACGUCGUCGUGAGCUCAGACGUCGGUAACGAGUUCGAGGCGCAAGGAAACAUGAACACGAAGCUCGUCAUUUUCCCAGCCACGACGCGGAGCGUGAGUUUGUGCGAGCGAUGGCUCGAGGGGGAGAGUCGAUUAGUAUCCAAGGUGAACUACGGCGAAUUUCCGGAGCAGAGUUACUUCAACUACGUUCUCGUGCCGACGACGGCGGGAGAGUUCCACAUCCACGCCAUGAGCACCGCAGAAUCGGGAAAUUUCAUCACCGCCAACGCGGGAGACGAUGGUACGUUCCCAGGCGCGCACACCGUCACGGCGUCGUAUUGCGGAGACGCGCGCGACAAGGAACAAUUCCUCCAGCACGUCCUCGAAACCAAGCACAACGCCGAAGCCGCGCUCGGAAUCGGGCCCGACGCCACGACCGCCAUUCCAUUACGAUCCGCCACCGAUUUCGACCACGACGGCGUGGCCGACCUCGCGCGGUUCCCGCACCCCGACCUUCGAUGCGACCACGUAAAGCGUCGCCUCGUGGACCAGCGCCGAUACGAGGUCACCUCCGACCGGCACAUCGUGUGGACGUAG